GCGCAGGCCGCGGCCCCUCUCACGCCUAGCAGCCGCUGUAGCUGCAGCAGGCCCGCCCGCCCAGUGACACGCUAUUUAUUCUACUAUAUUAGUAUUACCAGGCCAUCCGCGCCCCAUUAGCAACUGCGCGCACCUCCUGACCUCCACUCCAGCCGUCUCCUCCCUCCGCGUCCGGCUCCCGGUUCCGUUCCGCUUCCGCGAUGGGGCAGCAAGAGGGCCACAGCAACCCCCACCCCGACGAGGCGGCGCUCCCGACGACCACCGCCGCACCGUCGCCGUCGCCGUCGCCGUCGCCGUCGCCGUCCUCGUCCAGGCUCUACACGGCGUGGCUGGUGGCGUCGUGGUACGCGUCCAACAUCGGCGUGCUGCUGCUCAACAAGUACCUGCUCUCCGUGUACGGCUUCCGCUUCCCGCUGCUGCUGACCGCGUGCCACAUGUCCGCCUGCGCCGUCCUCUCCACGCUCGCCCAGCACGCCUCGCCCCGCCCCCGCAGCAGCUCCUCCCCGCGCUCCCACCGCCAGCUCGCUCGCGUCGCGCUCCUCGGCGCCGUCUUCUGCGCGUCCGUCGUCGCCGGGAACGUCUCGCUCCGCCACCUCCCCGUCUCCUUCAACCAGGCCGUCGGCGCCACCACGCCUUUCUUCACCGCGCUCCUCGCCUACGCCGUCGCCGCCCGCCGCGAGGCCUGCGCCACCUACGCCGCGCUCGUCCCCGUCGUCGCCGGCGUCGCCAUCGCCACCGGGGGCGAGCCGAGCUUCCACCUCUUCGGAUUCGUCAUGUGCGUGGCCGCCACGGUGGGGCGCGCGCUCAAGACCGUGCUGCAGGGCAUCCUGCUAUCGUCCGAGGAGGAGAAGAUGGACUCCAUGGACCUCCUCCGCUACAUGGCGCCGGUGGCCGUGCUGCUGCUGGUACCGGCGACGCUGGCCAUGGAGCGGGACGCGUUCGGCGUGGUGGCGGGCCUCGCGCGGGAGGACCCCAGCUUCCUCUGGCUCCUGCUCUGCAACUCCUGCCUCGCCUACUUCGUCAACCUCACCAACUUCCUCGUCACAAAGCACACCAGCCCGCUCACUCUCCAGGUCCUCGGGAACGCCAAAGGCGCCGUCGCCGUCGUCGUCUCCAUCCUCAUCUUCAGGAACCCCGUCACGGUCGUGGGCAUGCUGGGCUACGGGGUCACGGUCGCUGGCGUCGUCUUGUACGGCGAGGCCAAGAAGAGGAGCAAGUGAAGCGACGGACAGGCUCCUGUACCUGUACAUUUGCUGUCCGGCCUUGGAAUGCAACGCCGGCGGUGAUAGCUAGGGAGAAGACAAGCAAGCAAAGCGACAGCUGGGGUGGUUUGUUCGUCGCAUCGUUUCAGAAGGAGGUGAACCAUACAAUACAAGAACUCGUGUCGUAGCACAGAGAGAGAGAGUGUGUGUCGUUUAGCAUUUGAACGAGCUUGCCGUCCAAAGCCUACGAUUUUAAUCCGGCCUGGAGAAGAAGAAAAAAAACGAAGCUAGCUAAUUAUCAAACCAACACCUAGCAUCUGAACAUAUGUGCAGCAAUCCAACUGGGUUUCCAU